GAGCAGCCAUAUGUUUUUCUUGCAACCUAUAUACGUAUACAAACAAGAAGUACUUAUACAUUUAACUCAUGUAUACUUAAGUCGUCGGCGUCGCCGCACGUUUUUCUGAACAUCAUUUGGACUCAGAUGUGACCUGUGUUUUUUAAUACGAUCGUGUGGGUGGGUGCAUCGUAUGCAGCUAAUAGGUUGAAAAAUAAGGAAAAAGAAGGCGCCCGCGCUAUGCAACUGAGAGGAUGAGCGGCAACAGCAACAUUCGGCUGGUGGUCUUCGGCGCGAUCAUCGGCCUGGCCGUGAUAGCCGACCUCCCAAUCUCGCGAGCCGAAGUCUGCAACUCGGAGCGUCCUUUGGUCAACGAUGACUUCGAGAUUAGUUGCCUGCACCUCGAGGUCAAGAUUUUUUGCAAGAAGGCCGUCGAGAGCGUCUGGAGUAAUCUCCCCGAGGGCCGGCUGAACCUCACGCAAGCCAAAAAAGUGACUAUCCAGAACUGCGCCCUCCCGAUUGGCCUCAGCUUGUUAAAUGUCACCAAGGCGCUGGGCAUCGAGACCAACGACACAGUGAAAAUCGAGCAGGCGUGCUCUAAGCUGCGUAAAGAGCACCUCAGCGGCUUUCAGCUAGCCUCGCUCCAUCUGCUCAGCAGCAACAUCAGCCACGAAGAUGAGCACGUGUCGGCUGAUCUGUUGAGCGAGGUCGAGAUCGAGAUGCUCAUGAUUCAGAAUGUGUCGAUCCGAAUGUUUCCCAAGAAUUUUUUCCGUGGCUCGGAGAAACUGCGCGAGAUCGAGAUCACGGGCGCGGGCCUGAAGGCUAUUCGCCGCGAUGAUCUCGCUCCCCUCGUGGGCCUGAAGAACCUGCUGCUGUUCAGCAACGAGAUUGCCGAGAUUGAGCCGGGCAGUUUUGACCAGCUCCUUUACCUCAAGCUCAUCGAGAUCAGCAAGAACCGGCUGAAAAACUUGCCGGCCGGUCUUUUCCGCAGACUGAUGAAACUCGAGAGACUGAAUCUGAGCGAAAAUGAGUUUGACGAUCUCCCGAGCGAUUUGUUGCGCAUCGAGCGCAGCAGAAUUAAACUCGUAAGACUGAACCACAAUCGGGGUGGAUUGCAAGCCCUGCCGGCCGGCUUCUUCCGUAAUUUGAGUAACUUGAAUUACGUCGAGCUGACGAGCAAUAACUUUAUUAGCAUACCUGCUGAUGUAUUUUACGGUGCCCAUUCGCUCCAUUCGCUCAACAUCAGCAAUAAUAGUUUGUCGUAUCUGCCACCGAAACUUUUUGAGGGCACAUCGAGCCUUGUCGAUCUCAGGGCCUCGGAAAAUAGGUUGGUCGAGUUACCCGAUGGCCUAUUCAAAGACUGCGAGGAUCUAGAGAGACUUUACUUUAAUGACAAUCUACUCACCAAUCUCAGCAACGGCGUUUUUACUGGUCUAAGUAACCUCAAGAUUAUGCAAUUGUCUCAUAACAAUUUGGUUUACAUGGAGCUUAACGCUUGCGCUCUCAAAAGUGUGGAAUCCGUUGAUUUGUCGAACAACCAAUUGACCCUCGCUAGUCCCACAGUGUGGCCGUAUUCCUUCUUACUUGGUUGUGCCUCGAUUAUAGACUUGAAUUUGUCUUACAACAACAUAACUCAAUUUUUUAUUGACUGGAGAUUCUUAAGUUUAAAGAAUUUGAAUCUAGAGGGCAAUAAAAUCACUUACAUCUCAAAGUCUAACUUUGACAUGCUACGCAGCAAAACUGAGCUCAAUUUGAAAAACAACAAAAUCUCUACGAUCGACUUGGAAGGUCUUGAAAACUUGGCCAUGAGAUAUCAGGAAAUGAACGGCCUAAGUAAAGAACUUAUAGUGAAACUAGAAGACAAUCCCCUCAACUGUGACUGUCACCUGCUAGAUUUCUUUCGUUAUCUUGAACAUGGUAUGGACGACGAAGUCUACAAUUACGUGCACAUCAGCGCCAGGGACAUGAGAUGCGUGACACCACCUCAACUCAAGGGCUCCCCAAUAUCUACUAUCCGAUCGGAAGAUCUGCGCUGCCUCACUAAAUCGAACGAUCCGAGCGACGCGUGCAGCGGUAAAUGCACCUGUUGGAGGAUACCUGGACGAAAGGUCCUCUCUGUCGACUGCUCGCACAGAAAUUUAACGAGCGUACCUUCGAUGGUCAAUAAUUCGGAAAACUGGUCGAUAGAGCUCAACAUGACUGGGAACCGUUUGCACUCGACGCCCAAAAUGAACAACUCCUACUUGGCUAACGUCACGGCUCUAAAUUUAUCCUUCAACAACAUCUCUGACGUGAGGGUUGAUGUGUUCUCGAACUCGCUACGCGAUCUUAGGCUACACAACAAUAGUAUCUCGCGCAUCAACUAUUACGUCGUACAACAUCUUUACGACGACGAUGACUUGUUGCGUAAUCUCACUCUUCACGGCAACCCUUGGAUCUGCGAUUGCGAGACCCGUAACAUGCUCAACUUUGUCCAAAAAAAACUGACGACUUAUAAGCUUCACGACGUCACCUGUCGCGAGAACAAUCGCAAACUGUCGGAGGUAACGGCGGACGAGUUGUGUGAGGGCAUGAUCAAAUUUAUCGUUUUCGUCGCGUUCUUUUUUGCUGCUUGUAUCGCCGUUGGAAGCGCCUUAGCAGCCUUUUACUUCAAAUACAAGAUGAAGAUUAAAAUGUGGCUCUACUCAAAGCAGUGCUGUCUUUGGUUCGUUACCGAGGCCGAGCUCGAUAAAGACAAACUAUACGACGCCUUUAUCAGUUUUUCACACAAGGACGAGGAUUUCGUCGAGAAGGAGAUUGUUACAAAGCUUGAGGAGGGGCCUAUGUCUUACAAGCUGUGCUUGCAUUACAGAGAUUGGCUGGCUGGAGAAUGGAUACCAGAACAAAUUGCCCGUUCAGUUGAAGAAUCUAAACGAACGAUAGUUAUAGUGUCUCCAAAUUUUUUGGAAAGUGUGUGGGCAAGAAUCGAAUUUCGUACUGCGUAUAAUCAAGCAUUGAAAGAAGGCAGAGCCCGAGUCAUAGUAGUUCUGUAUGGAAACAUUGGUAAUACAGCAGAACUCGAUCCUGAACUCCAAGUUUAUCUGAGCAUGAAUACCUAUUUAAAAUGGGGUGAUCCUUGGUUCUGGGACAAACUGCGGUACGCUCUGCCGCACAAGCAAGAGCUGCCAAAAAAAAAGAAAAGGUCAAAAAACGCUCGAAUAAUUGAGAAGCACCUAUCCCAGUUGCCGGUUAACAAUCAUCGCCAAAACGAAAAAACCGAAGUAAUACCAAUGCCUAAAAUCACUGCCCAGUCAGAUUCGACAAAACUGCUAGAGUCAAAUGCCGAAGAAGAAAGACACCUUGGCGCGUGAUAAAAUUAUUACUAUUAUUAUUAUCACUAUUACUAUUGUCAAUUUGUUUGUUGUAAGUUUACGAUGUUACAAGUGUUUACAUAUCAUGAUUAUCUGUUCGGUUAGUUACAGUGCUUCUGCGGUUUAAAUUGAAAAAAAAAGCAUUGAUUAAAGAUAUUUUAUAUGACCAUAGCAUAUCGCGUAAGAUACUUGCGUAAUCACCUACCAAUCACAAAAUUCUAGUUAUCUUGUUAAAGAUUAAUAAAUCUUAAAACCUCCAAGAUUUCUACAUUUUAUUUUUUAAUAAGGUAUUCAGAAUUUUAUUUGGUGGGUUAAUUUACACGAGAAUGAAUUCUGAGAUGUUUAUAAGAUAUGCUAGACUGUUAGUUAUUAUUUUGCUUAAUUAAUACUCGUUUUUCAACAAAGCCAGUCAAUUUAAAAAAAAUAUAUUCUAUGAAUAGUGAUACUCUCAAAGACACUCGCAGUCGUAUAUUUUACAAGACUGUAGGAUAAACUAUUAUAAUAGUGAACUACUCCUAUUACUUUGAACAAAUAUUUCAAUGCAAAAUAUUUUACAUAUUUUCAUGAAUGUUUUACAAACAUAUCAAACGUGCCCAUAUUUUUUUAGCUUUUAACAGACAAAAGUGAAGAAUUAUGACUUUUUUAGAAAUAAGUUUAGAAGUUUAUAAGUAUUUUAAGUUAUUUUUAAAACUUUAAUGAAAUAAAUCACUUUUUUAUUAAAGCUUCAAAAGCAUUGUCAAAACAUACCUGACGAAGACUGUCUCAAAUAUUUUUGUAUCUAUUUUAAAAUAAUUUAAAACUAUUUAACGUAAUUACAAAAAAUAUUUUUAACU